AUGUUAAGAACCUUGAGAUUAUUUAAACCUUUCCCUCAACAAAGAUUAUUAUUCUCUACUUCAACUCAAUUCAAAAUGCCAAAAAUUCCAUAUUCUCAAUUAGAACCAUUAUCAAAUCCAACUGAAGAAUCUAAAAGAUUAUCAGCUUAUAAAGCUGUUGAUGAAAAUUUCUCCACUGAUUAUAAAAUCAUUGGUAUUGGUUCAGGUUCCACUGUUAUUUAUGUUGCUGAAAGAAUUGCACAAUUAGAUAACAAGGAAGAUUUUAUUUGUAUUCCAACUGGAUUCCAAUCUAAAAAUUUAAUUGUUGAUAAUGGGUUAAGAUUAGGUGCUAUUGAACAAUAUCCAGAAUUAGAUAUUGCAUUUGACGGUGCCGAUGAAGUUGAUAAUCAAGUUAAUGCUAUAAAAGGUGGUGGUGCUUGUUUAUUUCAAGAAAAAUUAGUUGCAUUUAGUGCAAAAAAAUUUAUAUUAGUUGCAGAUUAUAGAAAAAAAUCACCAAAUUAUUUAGGUGUUGAAUGGGUUAAAGGUGUUCCAAUUGAAGUUGUACCAAUUUCUUAUAUUCAUAUUACAAAAGAAUUGGAAAAAUUAGGGGCUUUAAGUAUUACUUUAAGACAAGGUGGUUCUGCAAAAGCUGGUCCUGUUAUUACAGAUAAUAUGAAUUUUAUUAUUGAUGCUCAUUUUGGUCCAAUUCAAGAUCCAAAAGAUUUACAUUUUAAGAUUAAAUCACUUGUUGGUGUUGUUGAUACUGGAUUAUUUAUUGGUCAUGCCGAUAAAGCUUAUUUUGGGGAACAAGAUGGUAGUGUUACAAUUAGAACUAUUGAUGGUGAUAAAACAAGCACAGCUUAG